UUGGGGAAGGAGAGCUUGGCUGGCCUUGGUGCCGGCGCUUCGGGUUUUUCCGUGCCGACGUGUGCUCCAGCGUUGCCCCUCGGAAAAGUGACCCAGAUCUCUGCCCGUCCCCUUUGUUCAUCACUAGCCUGUCGUGGUUUUCUUCUUUCUUUCCGGCAGGGCAGUGGUCGAAGUCAACGGCUGCGGUUUGGGCGUCGAGUAGACAGUCAAGAAUCGGUGCAGUCAGGUUCCUGCAGACAGCCCAGAACUUGGGGCUGUGCUCGGGUCAAGUAGAGCUUUAGAGGUGGAAUGAGAGGGGGCCUCUGAGGGGAUGGGGUCCGAGCGUAGGCCUCCUGGCCCCCACCUCAGCUUGUACCUAACCUGGGCCAUCCCUGGGGGAGACAGGCUGUGGAGGUUCUAAGAACAGGUCAGUAUUUGGAAUUCUAGUUGUUAGAAAGCUUUUCUGUGUCGAGUAGAAAUAAUCUUCAUCUAACGUGUUCCACGGAUCCAGCUUCUGUCAGCUCCAGGAAUGGUGUAUACAAGGCAGCCUUUCUAGUGUUUGAAGAAAAUCCCUCUCUAUGAGUUCUGGUUUUCACGGCAAGUCUCUGUUUCUUUUAAUUCUUCUGCCAGCAGGAGGUGUGGCUUUGGUUCUGUUUUCUGCUGGUCUCAGCGACCUGCGCCAGCCCCUGCAGUGACUGUAAUCCAAGACAGCUUUCAGCAACAGCCGGCAGGAAACGGAAAGAAGAGUAGCGGGUUGUUACCUACAGAACCGGGAAAGCUGACAGCAUACCUGGGGUCCCACAGUGAGGUGGGGGCCGUGAAGAGAGUUAGGGCUAGUUUCUGCUUGCAUCGGGGUUGAGGGUGGAGCCUAGAGCUUCUCAGGCUUCCUUUUUACUGGGGAAUAUAAGACAAAAGAGGGAAUGUGAAGCAUGAGAAGAGAAAAAUGAGAAGAGAAAAGACAAGUGGCCGGAAAGGUCUGUUAUGGAAACCAGUUAAGAGCCGAUUUCAGACCGAGGCCUGGCUCUUCAUGGUGGCAGAGAAUUCAGAACUUGAGACUGGCAUGUGACUAGAACCCUAACUGGUGUGCGCUGGCCUUCCACGCAGAGAGCCCUGCAGAAACGUUUGUAUUUGUAGCGUUGCCCCCGCGCGCGAUCUGGAAGAUGGGGGGCGCGGUGAGCGCCGGCGAGGACAACGACGAGCUGGUGGACAACCUGAAGGAGGCGCAGUACAUCCGGACCGCGCCGGUGGAGCAGGCUUUCCGGGCCAUCGAUCGCGCAGACUAUUACCUUGAAGAGUUUAAGGAAAACGCUUACAAAGACUUGGCGUGGAAGCACGGCAACAUCCACCUCUCGGCUCCGUGCAUCUAUUCGGAAGUGAUGGAGGCCCUGGACCUGCAGCCGGGUCUCUCCUUCUUGAACCUGGGCAGUGGCACAGGCUACCUCAGCUCCAUGGUGGGGCUCAUUCUCGGUCCUUUUGGUGUGAACCACGGGGUUGAACUCCAUUCGGAUGUAAUAGAAUAUGCAAAGCAGAAGCUGGACUUCUUCAUUAGAACCAGCGACAGCUUUGACAAAUUUGACUUCUGUGAACCUUCCUUUGUUACUGGCAAUUGCCUGGAGAUUUCUCCAGAUUGUUCUCAGUACGAUCGUGUGUACUGUGGGGCUGGUGUGCAGAAAGAGCAUGAAGAGUACAUGAAGAGUCUUCUCAAAGUAGGGGGCAUCCUUGUCAUGCCACUGGAAGAGAAGUUGACUAAGAUAACGCGAACUGGCCCUUCUGCUUGGGAGACCAAAAAGAUUCUGGCAGUUUCUUUUGCUCCUCUGGUCCAGCCCUGUCAUUCGGAGUCUGGAAAAUCAAGACUUGUCCAGUUACCGCCGCUGGCCGUGCGGAGCCUCCAGGACCUGGCUCGAAUCGCCAUCCGCGGGGCCAUCAAAAAGGUCAUCCGUCAGGAGACCGGGAGCGGCAGCGGAACCGGACUGAAGAACACGCCCCGGGCCAAGAGGCGGAGAGUGCGCCGUCGCCGCACGGACACGGUCGUCUUUUUGGACAAGGAGGUGUUUGCCAGUCGGAUCUCCAGCCCCUCCGACGACACCAGCUGCGAGGACUUGGAAGAGGAGCCGCGGCGGGAGGAGGGCAGAGCCUCGCCGGAGGUGAAGCCGGCCCCGCCGGUGAACUUCCUGCGCGAGAAGGUCCUGAGCCUCCCUCUGCCAGACCCCCUGAAAUACUACCUGCUCUAUUACCGGGAGAAGUAAGUCUGUGGGCGCCGCAUGAGGUGCCGCCGAGGCCGCCCUCCCACCCCCACCCGGGCCCCCGCGGGGUCGCCGGGCACACGCCGAGGGGAAGGAGAGUGCGGUCCCCUCCACGUUUGUGUGUUCAGUGUGUUCUUGGGUUUCCUCUAGAAUUCCAUUCGUCGGUAUCAUUUCAGUAGACGUAGUCUUUGACAAGCAAAGUGCGUAGGGGAAUGUUUUCUCAAAAGGGAGAGAAUCUCCUGGAGAAGGGUGUUUGCUUUCUGCUCUGGUGAAACUCGGACAUCUGCACGCAGAGACCCACCCGAGACACACGUGUGUGCGUUGCCCGUGAAGCAGGGAAGUUGAAAUGAACCCGCGUUGCUCCUAAAAUGUGUGAAAGAAAGCACAAGGUUGCGAGUGUGUAACCUCCUUCCCAGACAUGAGGCACCUGUGUCCAAGUUAGAGCUUGAUGGAACCAGCCCGUGGAGCACUGGCGCUCAGCUCCACUAACCCUUGUAGUUUUCUGGAGGGGACCGUUACUGAAAAGCUCUCCCUUAUUUUAAAUAAAUGUGAUUAAAUCUUAUGUGAGUUGUCGAUUGUGAUUUUAAAGGAGGGAAAUUGUCAUGGGGGAGGAAGAGUAAAAGUGUCAACCUCCUAGAUGUCUGUCCGGAAUCCCAAAGUGAUUUGGAGUGUUUUCCUGACACCUUUUCUUACCUUCAGAAGAAUGAGCGUCAGAUGAUCCCUUAGGGGAGACUCAAGAAUGAAGCAGGUGUUGUGUAUAGUGAGCUGCAUUACUUUUACCCCAAGGGUAGGGAUGACCGUUGACCCAACCUUCACUAUGCUAGUGGGUGUCUAAGGCAUGGACGUGCUCAGUCCUCAAAACAGGGAAGUGUUUAAGCUGCAGGAAGUACAGUGGGGACAGUGUUACCGACAGCCUCUGCUUUUCCUUUUUUUUAACAUCAGUUGGCUAUUUGUCUGUAGUCAUACAGGGUUUGUCUUUUAUAACUCUGGGGAAAAAGACGUGUCAGUUUUCUAAUUUUUCUUAAUAACAAAUAUGUGUAUUUUAGUAGCUCCAUUGCAGUAAAGGAAUGGUCUGAGCACCAGUGACUUGUGCAGUCUGCCUUCUCCAGGCCCUUUGGGUUGAGCGCUUUCUGUCGUUACCAAGUUCUGAGUCUAGAAGAGAAGGCCAUCCUGUCAGAUGGUAGAAUGUUUUCAAGUUAUUGGUCAUUCCAAAGCAUUGGUUCUUUUCAAACUUAUUUUUGUUCUGAAAGAAAAGAAUGGUAUAAAAUGUUAGCAAGAGACCCGAACUCAGAGUGCUGAUGUUGGAUGAGUCUUCUGGAGUCAAUGCCUAGUUUUACCCCUGAGCUUCUUGGGGGUCAGAAACCUCUUUGUGGUUUCACCGGCUGAACCGAGUUCUGGUAGUUUGUUUCUUUAUUUAAUUUCUUCUUCUUCUUCUUCUUCUUUUUUUUUAAACUUUUCUUCCUUUUUAAGUAACUGUCAUUUUUUUCCAGAGGAUACUGUGUGCAUGCAUAGCUGGGAAACAUGUCUGUUGCCCUAGAUUUGAAAAUGGAACCCUUUGUAAAGACAGUUAUUUCAUAGUCGUUUUUAACCUGGCAUUUAACUGAAGGUCAGGCAUCCUCGUCUCAGAGGCGUGUGGUUUAUGUUCACUUGCGGUCACUUCCUAGCGUGCACAUCUCUGCUGACAUCAUUCUAAUCGAUACGUGGCAGUCUCUGCAAGCGUGGACAUUUGAAGCAUAAUGUCACAUACACGGUAUUUGUGGAAUCUGUUACACCAGGUGGCUUGACUAAGGUUUUUAAUUGUAUGUGAUUUUAUUUUUUUACCACAUUUUCCUUUCCACUGUAAAAACUUCAUAAUGCAUAAGCCACGUUUUCCCCUACAUAUGUCAAACCUUUCUUAACAUUGUGUUUGUAUUUACAUGUUGUCAGUUUGUGAUGUUUAAACCAGAAUUUGGUUAAAAGUAUAUGUAGAUAUAUGUGAGAUAGUUGGGUGUUUAUCUUACACACCUAGAGAAGAACUGUAAAUGGGUUUUCCUGGGCUAAAGUGUUCCUCACUGGAGCCCACAAUGAUGCAGUCCUACUGUCUGCUUCCCGACGGAUGGAGUGUGCGUUACCUGUAGCCUCUGUACUGUAACCGCAUUCUAGACAACUGUUGACUUGUAUGUUUUGAGGAAUGUGUAUUUCUGUAUGUGAUUUUCGUCUUGAAAGUAGGAAAGCCAUAGACAUGUGCACAGGAAAUAGCAAAUGUACUAAUACCGAGUAGGUAAUGUAAACACCAACUGUGUGUGUAACGGUGCUUCCGUAAGUCUGGACCUUUCAGGGAAUAAAUGCCAGAAACUUGUAACAAAAAUUUUAGUGAGCGGAUAUACAUUGGGUGAACACAGAGGAUAUCAAUAAAUAUAGUUAUGGCACUUGGGCCUCUUAGCAUGGCUUGUGUUUCCUGCGUGGGAUUGAAAUUCUUGAGUACAUAUUUUCCAAAAAUCUUCAAAAAUAAACUUUUUCUUUAUUACAAA